AUGGGCUAUAAAGCAGCCUGGACUAUACAGCAGCCUGGACUAUACAGCAGCCUGGACUAUACAGCAGCCUGGGCUAUACAGCAGCCUGGAUAUACAGCAGCCUGGACUAUACAGCUGCCUGGGCUAUACAGCAGCCUGGACUAUACAGCAGCCUGGAUAUACAGCAGCCUGGACUAUACAGCAGCCUGGGCUAUACAGCAGCCUGGACUAUACAGCAGCCUGGACUAUACAGCAGCCUGGACCAUACAGCAGCCUGGAAUAUACAGCAGCCUGAACUAUACAGCAGCUAUACAGCAGCCUGGACUAUACAGCAGCCUGGACUAUACAGCAGCCUGGACUAUACAGCAGCCUGGGCUAUACAGCAGCCUGGACUAUACAGCAGCCUGGACUAUACAGCAGCCUGGGCUAUACAGCAGCCUGGACUAUACAGCAGCCUGGAAUAUACAGCAGCCUGGACUAUACAGCAGCCUGGGCUAUAAAGCAGCCUGGACUAUACAGCAGCCUGGACUAUACAGCAGCCUGGACUAUACAGCAGCCUGGACUAUACAGCAGCCUGGGCUAUACAGCAGCCUGGACUAUACAGCAGCCUGGACUAUACAGCAGCCUGGACUUUAUAGCAGCCUGGGCUAUACAGCAGCCUGGACUAUACAGCAGCCUGGGCUAUACAGCAGCCUGGGCUAUACAGCAGCCUGGACUAUACAGCAGCCUGGACUAUACAGCAGCCUGGACUAUACAGCAGCCUGGACUAAACAGCAGCCUGGACUAUACAGCAGCCUGGGCUAUAAAGCAGCCUGGACUAUACAGCAGCCUGGACUAUACAGCAGCCUGGACUAUACAGCAGCCUGGACUAUACAGCAGCCUGGACUAUAUAGCAGCCUGGACUAUACAGCAGCCUGGGCUAUACAGCAGCCUGGACUAUACAGCAGCCUGGACUAUACAGCAGCCUGGACUAUACAGCAUUCUGGACAAUACAGCAGCCAGGACUAUACAGCAGCCUGGACUAUACAGCAGCCUGGACUAUACAGCAGCCUGGACUAUACAGCAGCCAGGGCUAUACAGCAGCCUGGACUAUACAGCAGCCUGGACUAUACAGCAGCCUGGACUAUACAGCAGCCAGGGCUAUACAGCAGCCUGGACUAUACAGCAGCCUGGACUAUACAGCAGCCUGGGCUAUACAGCAGCCUGGACUAUACAACAGCCUGGACUAUACAGCAGCCUGGGCUAUACAGCAGCCUGGACUAUACAGCAGCUAUACAGCAGCCUGGACUAUACAGCAGCCUGGACUAUACAGCAGCCAGGGCUAUACAGCAGCCUGGACUAUACAGCAGCCUGGACUAUACAGCAGCCUGGACUAUACAGCAGCCUGGGCUAUAA